AUUGUUCCCUGGGGCUUUGUAUUAACGUUGACAUCGAUAUUCAAACGACGACAAACAGUAUAAUAUUUCUUUCUCUUUCAUUCGGGGUUUGUGUAUACCCUCACCUUUUUUUUUUUUUUUUUUUUUUUAUAAACGAGUAAAACCCUCCCUCACAGUCUACUCAUUUUUCUCUAGCUCAGUUGUUCCUCGUCAUUCAAAACGAGCACUUCGUUUAUUCAUACAAAUAUAAAUGCACACGUGCUUUAAUAAAUUUUUUUGUUUUUUUCAACUAUUAAUUUAUACAGUAAUUAAUAAUAUUAUAACAAACAAUACAGUGUUAUAUUUGUUUAAUUAAUAAACAUGUCAAUUUUAUAAAAAAUCUAAAAAAUUAGUGGGUUUUUUAAAUAAAUAAUUUUCUUUACGUGGAAUGUUUUCAAAUGAAAAAAAUAUAUGUAAAAUUAAAAAAUCAUUAAAAAUGAUUGACUCAACAAGUAGUACACAAGGUACAAGUGGUUUAGCAACAGCAUUACGUGAUAAAUCAACAUGUACAAUACCAGUACAACCAAAUCGUUCAUUACCAGUACGUCCAGCACCUCAUAUACCAUGUAGAAGUUUACAACCACGUCAUGGAACAUCAUCAUCAACAUCAACAUCAACAACAACAUCAUCAUCAUCAUCAUUAUCAACAUCACAAAAUUUACAAGAUAAACAAACAAUUGAUAAAAAAAAUCAAUCAGCAAUUGAAAGUGCAUUGACAAAUCAAAAAUUAUCACAACCAACACUUGGACUUAUUAGAAUUGUACCAAAUUGGCAAAAUGAAUUACGUAUACCAUUUAUUAAUAUUGUUGGUAUAACACAUCAUUCACAAACUAAUAAUGAUAAAAAUAAUUUACAAAAUACAAAUAUAAAUAAUAAUAAUAAUACAAAUCGUCAAGGAAGAAAAAGACAACUAUCUGAACGUGAUGAUAGAGUAAGUACAUCUGAUUGUUUAAUUGACAUAUCAAAUAGUCCAGAAAGAGAUAAUUUAAUUAAUAAAAUUAAUGAUAAUCAAUUAAAUAAUAAUAGCACAAUUAAUAAUAAUGAUGUUAAAAAAAAAAAACGUAAAAAAUCUAAAAAAGAUGAUGAUGAAGAUGAUAAUGAUUGUGAUAAAUUAAAAAUAGUACCACCAUUGAGAUUAAAAAAAAUUCAAACAUUACAAAAAAAUAAUAAUGAUGAUGUUAAUGUUAAUGAUAAUAAUAACAAUAAUAAUUUAUCUAAAUUAAAAUUACGUGAAUUAAAAAAAAAAACAAAUGAACUUGGACGUGAAAUGUUAAAAAAUGCAUUAAAUUCUGAUAAUUCUGUACAAGAUACAAUUAAAUCAUAUGAAGAACAAAUUGAAAAAUUAACAAAUUUAUUAAAAUUUAAAGGUAAAAAUAAAAAUGAUGAUAAUAAUAAUAAUAAUAAUAAUGAUUGUCAUAUUGAAGAACGUAAUAAAGGAUCAAUUGUAACAUCAACUGAAUAUGUUAAUAAAAAUUAUAAUAAUUAUAUAACAACAUCACCAGAACCACCAAAAUUAUCACCUCGUUAUAUAACAAAUUAUGAAUUGACUGAAACACCAAAUGAGAUACGUGAUAGUCCACCAACAUUACCAAAUGCAACAAUUGGCGACAUAGAAAUAACCUGGACUGAAACAAAAGAUUAUAAUGUUGUUAAAAAUUCAAAUAUUUAUAAAUCAAUUGAUGAUUUAAUUGAAACUAAUAAUGAUAAUAGAAAAUCACCAAUUAUUGGAUCAUCAAUAAUAACAACAACAGCUGUUGAUAUUCAUGAUGAUGAUGAUGAUGUAACUAUUGAUGAAAAACCAGAGCUACUUGAUUUAUCAAAAUCAGAUUUACAUGAUUUAUCAUUAACACUUAAUAAUGAUAAUAAUAAUGAUAGCUAUAAUGAUAUGAAAACAUUGGAUAUGCCAAUAAUUUGUGAUACAAUUGAUGUUAAUAAUCAUGAUAAUAAUAAUAUAAUUAAAAAUGAUUAUGAUAAAUCAAUAUGUGAUUCUGAUAAAAUGAUAAUUGAUACAACAAGUGUAUUACAAGAAUUUGAUAAUUGUGUUGAUACAAUUGUUACACCAAAAAUUGAUGAUACAAUUGAAAUUGAUUGUGAUGAUGAUGUUAAUAAUGUAAAUGAUAAUAUUAUUAUUGAUAAUAAUAAAAAAUCAACAGCAACAUCAGUUAUAACAUCAACAUGUGAUUUAAAAUUAUCACAAGAUACAACAAAAAAUAUUAUACAAGAUAAUUCAUUAGUUAUUGAUAAUAAUAAUAAAAUUAAAGAAUUAUCAAUUGCUGAUCAAUUUCCAACAUUGGCUAGUUGGUUUGAAAAUGGUGGUAAUAAUAAUAAUAAUAAUAAUAAUAAUAAUGGUCUCAAUAAUUAUUCGUAUGGUAAACAUGAUGAUAAUAAUUUACAUGCUGGACAACAACAUAAUACGGCAUCAUCAUCAUCAUCAGUUGAAUCAAAUUUACCAAUUGUACAAAAUUUAUCAAUAACAAAAAGUAUAGAAAAAGCUAUGAAUAAAAAAAGAAAAAGAAUUGUUGAUGAUACAAUUACAACGGGUUAUCAACCAAAUAAUAGUGCUGAUGUUAAUCGAUGGAAUAAUCAAAUAUGGCAAGGAAUUCAACAACAACAUCAACAACUACGACAACAACAGCAACAGCAACAACAACAAUCAUUAAUAAAUUAUUCAAGUACUCCUGUUAUAACAAACGUAACGAGUAUUUCAAAUGCGGCAACGAUACCAAUAUUACAACAUCAACAACAACAGCAGCAUCAACAACAACAGCAGCAGCAGCAGCAGCAGCAACAACAUCAACAACAGCAACCAUUACCGAAUUAUAGAAAUUCAAGUACUCCGGUUAUAACAAAUGUACCAAGUGCUCCAUCAAUUGUACCAGGACAGUUACAACAACAACAACAACAGCAACAACUACAACAACAGCCAAUAUUACAGCAGCAGCAGCAGCAACAACAACAACAACAGCCAAUACAAAAUUAUAGAAAUUCUAAUACACCAAUUAUAACGAAUGUAACAAGUAUUCCAACUCCAUUAAAUAUGUCAAUAACACAAGGACAAAUACAACAACAACAACAGCAACAUCAACAGAAACAACUACAGCAACAGCAACAACAACAAUAUCCACAAAUGCAACAAAUUCCUUCUGGCUACUCAAUGGGAAGACUUUAUCCUGGAAAAUAUCCAAUGGAAGCAUAUGGAUUGUCACCAUAUUCACCUUAUGCACAUCCACCAUCAAUGCCAACAGCAGCUGGUCUCUGGAGCAAUCCACUAUUUCAUUAUCCUCAUCUUCGUGCACCAGGUAUAUUAAAUACCCAACAAGUACCAAGGCAUCCAAUACCACCAUAUUCUUUACCACAAACCCACACAUCAUUACCAUCAUCAUCAUCAUCAUCGUCAGCAACAACAUCAACACCAUCUUCAACAGCAUCAGCAUUACCAACAGGAUCAUAUCAUCAUCAACAACAACAGCAACAACAAACAUCUACUCAAUCAACAAAAGAACCAAAACGUUCACAAAAAAAAAAUGAUAAUACACGUUCAACAUCUAGAAAAGAUUAUUCACAAUUAAAAUUACAACAAGAUGUUAUAAAUAAUUCACAAAAUCAACAUCAACAAACACUUAAUAAUGCUCAAUAUUCAAGAAUGUAUAAUGAACAUAUUUAUCAUACUACAAAUGAACAAUUAAAUCAACAAUUAUCAUAUAGAAAUGGAUGGGGAACAACAAUGUUACCACAAAAUUAUCGUAUUGAUACAAAUUGGACAUCAAAUCCAGCAAAUUUAAUUGCUGCAUUAUCACCAGUAACAAUGCAAAAUUAUGCAACUGGACAAACAUUAAAUAAAAAAAGAAAAUUAAAUAAUAAUAAUAAUAAUAAUAGUACAAAUUUAUUAUUAAGAAAUUGUGAAACACCAAAUCUUGGUGAAAUUAAUUAUAGUUUAAAUAAUUCAGAUUCAUUACGUUGUUCAAAUUGUUCAUCACGUGGACCAUUAUUUAAAUGUCUUGGUUGUGAAGCUGUUUAUUAUUGUGAUGAAUCAUGCCAAGUUAGACAUUGGAAUACACAUGUACUUAGUUGUCCAAAAAUUAUGCCUAAAUUACGUAAAGUUGUGCUCAAUUAAUUAUUAAAUUAAUAUAUAUUAAUAUUUAAGAAGAAA